AUGACACUAUCCGCAGAUGGCUUUGAAGAGGAUGGAAAACAGAUAAUCGUUAAGGGGCCGCUCUCCAUCGAUCUCAGCUCUUUACCUCUGCGUGAUGAUAUCACGAGAGUGGACGGUAACUCCGUUACAUAUGAAAAGCGAUACACGGAACAAAACACCAUCCCUAUCACGAACAGCGAGUUUCCUGGGAUACCACGGAUUGACUACCAUGCUAUGCAACACGGAAAAUGGAGCGACUGUUUGCCUAUAGAAGUCGGCCACGACAGCGAAUAUCCUAAUGCUGUGUUUAAGCUCGCUGCGUGGAAGGCCAAAUCUGUAUACCGUGAAGCCUCAGUUCUAGCUGGACUAGUAAACAACGACAAUAUCGUCCGUUUGCUAAGCAUAGUAACGGUUGAGGGUCGUUUUGCCGGGUACGGAAUGGAGAAACUUUACCCAACUCACACUCCUAUUGCUCCUAUGGAGGAACGGGUGAAAGAGAUGCUGCCUGCGUUUCUCCAAGAGACGGUCGAAUACCUCCACCAGACCGCCUUUGUAUACCAUUGCGAUAUCAGAUACAGCAAUAUUAUGGUAACCGAACAGGGGAGGCUGAAACUGAUUGAUUUUGAUAUCGCCCAGACAGAUGUGCUGGCUACCCCGCCCUCGGCCAUUCCAGAUGUUCAUUUCUUCCUCCGUGUCUCUGAAAGACUUGACCACCUCGAUAUAAGUAUGUCCAUUCUUCUCAUGUUUAUGGUGCUCUCGGGUAUACCUGAAGAUCUUGACCGCGAGUAUCAAAUACCGCCAAACCCACUCGAGCCAUUCAAAUUUUAUCUCGACAAUAACCUCCAACGGUCAGGCUACUUUGAAGAUGUGCAAAACCAGAUUCAAGGGAAGUUGCGGGCACUCAUGGAACGUCCAGAUGGGGGCCUGCAGUUGCUCGAAAGUCACGGCGGACAAGGGCACAGGUGA